GGAAAAUAAAUGCAUGAAUGUUAGUCAGAGGUGAAUAAUGCAGAAGUUACUGUAAAAAAAAACAACUUAAAAAGGCACAGUUGCACAGUGCUAAGCCUGUUCAGAACAUAUUUCACAUCAUGGCAGAGCUCAGUUUCAAUGUGGAUCAUGGCUAUCUGGAGGGUCUGGUUCGAGGGAUGAAGGCCGGAAUUCUGACUUCCACGGACUACCACAAUCUGGCCCAGUGUGACACACUUGAGGACAUGAAGCUUCAUCUACAGAGUACAGACUACGGUAAGGUCCUGACCUCGUCUGAAGAGGACCUGACUGUGUCUUUUGUGGACAGCAAGCUGAGAGAGAACCUGGUGACUGAAUUCAGCUGCCUUCGUUCCAACGCCCUGCCUCCACUGUCCACUUUCCUUGACUAUAUCGCAUAUAACUACAUGAUCGACAAUGUAGUCCUGCUGAUCACUGGGGCCCAACAGAGAGAUGUGGAAGAGCUUCUCCCGAGGUGUCAUCCAAUGGGAGCUUUUGACCAAAUGGCAGCAGUUGGAAUUGCCCGAACCCCAACGGAGCUCUACUCCAGUAUUCUGGUGGACACACCACUGGUUUUUUUCCAGGAUGCUGUGUCCGAGACCAACCUGGAUGAGAUGGAAGUUGAGAUCCUUAGAAACAAACUUUACAAGGCAUAUUUACAGUCUUUCCACUCUUUCUGCGAAAACAUCGGUGGAGUCACAAAAGACAUAAUGUGUCCUGUCUUAGAGUUUGAAGCUGACAGGCGGGCCUUCAUCAUCACAGUGAACUCCUUUGGAACAGAUCUCAGCGGUUCGGAUAGGAGUGCUUUGUAUCCAUCUUGUGGCAAACUUCAUCCUGAGGGGCUGCAGCUGCUGGCCAAGGCAGAGGACCAUGAGCAGGUCAAAGCUGUGGCCGACUGCUACCCAGAAUAUAAAAUCAUUUUUGAAGACCCCGAGCCUGGAUCCGAUUUUAAGACCCUCGAGGACAGAUUCUUUGAACAGGAGGUGAAGCUGAACACUCUGGCGUUCCUGCAGCAGUUCCACUUAGGAGUAUUUUACUCCUACAUCAAACUGAAGGAGCAGGAGAGCCGCAACAUUGUCUGGAUCUCUGAGUGUGUCACACAGAGACAGAAGUCCAAGAUACAUAACUACAUUCCCAUCUUCAAGGGGACAAAUUAAAUCAGCACAAAAAAGAGAUGGACAUAUAUUUAACAAGGUGUUUAACAACACUUUUAUAAUGCACUAAUUAUAAUUAGAAAUAAUUAAAUCUGACCCCUUUUAAGUCCAGACUAAAUACGUUCCACUUUCAUGCUGCUUACACUGCUCAAUAAUGGACACAAACCCAUUUUAAACCUUGGUUAUAUUCUGUAACUACAAACUUUUAAUUUAUUUUAAAAACUGAGUUUUAAUGAAAUUUCGUGACUAAUUUUACU